GAGGAGAGCGUGAGAGAGAGGAAGAGAGAGAGAAAGCGGCAAGCAGAAAGCUCAUAGCUAAGGAGCGAGAGCAGCAUCAGAAGAAGAGGAUCGCUUUAAAAAGGACAAAAUAAGGAAAAAACAAAAAAGGAAACUCACCAGUCCUGCUGAUGGUCAUACGUCAACUUUAAGUGGCUAAAAUCUCAGUGAGUAGGAGAGAGAGAGAAAAGUAAAUUCAUCACCACCAUGAAGCUGUGGAGCCGUGUCUGCUUCCUCGUUCUAGCAGUUUCUCCUAUUUGCCUGGGACAAAAUGGUGCAAGUCAUGUGCAACCCACUGGUACAGUUUCUCCUGUCCCCUCAAUCGCUGCCACAUACGUUUUAAAUGGAACUGAAAAUAAGAUGCAAAAUGACACAGACCCUGAGAGUACUACAGCAGAGGAAACAAACAGUAUGCCUGGAGGCACAGUGGCUACUACUCUAACAAGUACUAAUGUACCAACGAAAGAGACUACCAGCAUAGUCACACAAGGAGGAGCAGACCGUGGUGGUAAAAUGACUCAAAAGACACCAAGUACCAGCUCAGGAACUACAGCACCCCCUCCAGCUGGCUCGUCUGCAGGUUAUGUUGUCCUGGCGCUUAUCAUCAUAGUGAUUAUAAUUCUGUGUAUCAUCCUCUACCUCUUGAGGCGAGCCUCCAGGACAUAUUCAUUUGACCUCCAGCGUCCAAAUCCUGUUGGUCAUCUCAACCAGCCCACUGGCACCUUUGAGCCAGUCUACCUGGAUGAUCUGGAGCGACCGGUACCUAAAGAUAUUGAAGCCACCGAUGACCUUUCACCUCCACCGGUCGCUAAUGGCACGAGUCUACAGUCGGAGGAAAAGGACUCCACUGGAGAGAACGCUCCUGAGGAACAGCCAGAAGCAAACGGUGUGGAGACUUCACCCGCUGAAAACACCACUCCCUCACUGAGUAGCGAUGAAGCUGACAAGAUAUCCAACCCACCAAGCAGUACCAGCCUUUUCUUUGAUGCUAUUGGGGAGCAGCAGAAUGAAAACAACAACAACCCAACAGUUUGCUCCAGUGACCCAUUUGUUGAAAUAAACCUGGACGAGCCGGCAUGGUGUGAUCAGCUCCUCAAUGCUUCUGAAGGUUCUUCCUCGGUCUUCCCCUUCUCUCCAUUCUCCUUAUCCUCCUCUUCCUCUUAGCACUUUGAAUGUUAUCCUCUUCCAUCAACAUAUAGGCAGAGACUGUCUUUUGUAGCACAUGGACAUGAGCACAACAUGUGUUUUUUUCCCAAAGCUAGUAUGGAUUGUGAAGUGAACAACCAAGGAAUUAACAUCUACCUGUAAACAUGAAGCUAGCUUUAACUGAUUUCUUAUUGUGUUUUUAUAUGUUUUUGUUCAAAUUUAUUGGUCUCAUUUAGUAUUUUUUCUAAGACUAUAUGAAGGACUUUAAACUGAUUUUAAUUGAAUUGUUUGAAACUGAGCAAUUUGGGAAGCUCAAAGAGGCAGUCCAAAAUUGCAUCGAAGAAAAAGAAGGAUUGAAGAAAUGUUAAUCACAACUUUUCCUGCAUUUAACUGACUUAUUAUUAUUGUUGCCUAACCACACUGCAAACUUCAUACCAAAGGAAGUAAAAUAAGCAAGGUGGCUUAUUUGUGACAUCUAGACUAAGCAAUAACGCCUGAGCUUUUUUUUUUUUUCCAAAUGUCAUCACUUCAUGAGCGUAUAGAUUGGCUGCAGUUCCUCUCAGAUCUAACAUCCUUUGAAGUAGGAUAAAGUUUUCUCAGAAGAGAUGUUUGGUUUUCAGUCAGAUUCUUUUUGGGGAAAUUAGUGUGUACAAAGUACUCAUAUAGGAAACAGUUGAUUAACUUUUUGUACAGUUUAAUAUUGCAAUAAUAAGUUAUGGUUGUAAUCCCAAGACGCAAAUGGACAUACACAAGAAUGAUGCUUCAUUUGGGAACCACAUCUCAUUACCAAUAAACAUAAAACUAGCUUUAACGCUUCCUUAUGAUUUUUUUGUUUGUUUUAUACAUUAUCAGCACAUCAAACUUAAAUCAAAUGAGCAUUUGAUGUAGCAUUUUUCUACUUCAUUUUAUUUACUAAAGCAUCAUAAAACAAGAUUAAAGUUAGCUUUAGCAGCGACAACAAUUAUCGAUGUAGGCUAGUUUCCCCUAAACCUACAGGGAGAUUUGUGAAAUCUCUGAACUAUAAAAAUACACUCUGUGUCAUAAUUGCUGUAAAUAUUUUUGUACACGAUAUAUUUUUUUUAGUAGAAUACUGUGAAUUAUUCACAUUUAUUCAAGUUCUAUAUUUUAAUUUUGUGACUCUGAAGGUUUCCAUUCUACUAGAUGUUUAAAUGCUUUCGUUUUUUUUGACCUACAUUUAUUUUGUCAU